AUGAUUCGAACAAUUCUGCUGUUCCUCGUCUUCGUCGUCACCGGGACGACGCAAGUACAUGCGCAGAUACCUCCGGCGAGGCGCGAUGGUUUCGUUUACCCACAGGGUCGUCGUGUUGACCCGGAUACUAUACUCAUCGAGGCGUUUUUUGACCCGGUUUGCCCUGACAGUAGAGACGCUUGGUCGCCGCUGAAGAAAGCUGUUGAACACUAUGGAUCUCGCGUUGCCCUUCUCCUUCACCUCCUUCCUUUACCGUACCAUGACAAUGCAUAUGUAACGUCUCGAGCCUUACACAUUGUGAAUACACAUAACUCCACUGCUACAUUCAUUUUACUGGAAGGGUUCUUCGAGCAUCAGGCAAUGUUUUACAACGCCCAAACACAACUCCUGUCAAGACCUGCGGUUGUAGACAGAAUAAUCAAGCUCGGAGAAGCCACGCUGGGAAACUCGUAUCAACAUGUUCUCAAAUCCGGGUUCACCGAUACAAAAUCGGACAGUGCAACAAGGGUUUCCUUCAAGUAUAGCGCUUCAAGAGGGGUUUAUGGGACACCAACUUUCUACGUUAACGGGUUUGUGUUGUCUGAUGCUCCAUCAGAUUUUGGAGGAUGGAGAAAAGUCAUUGAUCCUCUGGUUCAAUCACACGAGGGAGAGAUAAAAGAUAACCUUGUGUCCUCCAUUUGA